AUGAAACCAAUAACGUCACUGUGCAUUGCCCUUGUUUGCUUCGCGGUGGCGCUUUCGGUUGGAUCUGCAAUGCCACAAGCCAGCGUUGCUACUCAGGACGUACAGGCAGCGAAUCAGGAUUCAGACUUUGAGCGUGCGCCGCAGCUGAAGCAGAUUCCGUUGGAAUUUCAACGCAAGAAGCGCAUCACAUGCGACUUGCUGAGCGGUCUCGGAUGGGGCAAUAGCCUUUGCGCUAGCCACUGCAUAGCCAUUAGCUGGAGAUACCGUGGAGGGUACUGUAACAGUCAGGGAGUCUGCGUUUGUAGAUCCUAG